AUGAAUAACGAUAACAUACUCGCAAACAGACCUGAUAAUAAACCAUGGAUAAUUAAAAAACUUGAAGACUGCAACCCAUCGUUAGUAUUGGAAAAUAAAGCAAGUGUUGCGAGAGACCAUUUAGCCAACGAAAGAACCUUCCUCGCAUGGCUUAGGACGUCUCUUUCGUUCAUAAGCAUUGGAAUAGCAAUCACACAAUUAUUUAGAUUAACAGGAGGUACACCCGAUUCACAUAGCGAUGAUAAAGUUGGUAAAGGACUAGGAAUAGCUUUUAUAGUUCUUGGAAUUAUUUUUCUUGCAUUUGGUCUCUUUAGAUAUUUUAAUUCCCAACAACUUAUGACGAAAGGUCAUUUCCCUGCUAGUAGAGGUAGUGUUGUAUUGGGAUCUUUAUUAACGAUUGUAAUAUUGGCUGGAUGUUUCGUAGUUAUACUAGUUAUAGAUAGGUGA